AUGGAGAAUUAUGUGGUGGCCGUCAUCGCAGAUGCAGCAGAGAGUCCAGGAAUCUACAAGAGAAAAUACGACUCAAAAGAAUUAGAGACGUUUCCAACCCUUUUGAGCUCACUGAGGAAAAAUUCAAAAAAACUGUUCCGGCUGCCAAGGACGGCUGCACUGUUUCUCAUAGAUUCAUUGGCAGACAUACGGUUGGAACAGGGGACAAUUCCCAAACAUGUCAAGGUCCUCGCCACCUUAAAUUUUUUUGCACAUGGCAGCUACCAAGCUGCCAUUGGGGAGGAUAGUUUGCUUGGCCUGAGCCAGCCAACAACAAGUCGCUGUAUAAAUAUUACCAGUGAAGCGAUUGUUGAAGAGCUGGCUCGGGCAUCUAUUCAAUUUCCCACAAUCCCAGAAGAGAUACAAAAAACUAAAAGAGAAUUUUUUGAUCUCUAUGGAAUGCCACAUGUAUUAGGAGCUGUGGACGGCACACAUAUUGCUAUCUGCGAACCACCAUUGAAUCACCCAACAGCACCUGGCUCGUUAUUUUAUAAUAGAAAGGGAUUCUACAGCAUUAAUUGCCAAAUGAUUGUCAACGGUCACGGAAGGAUUAUAUCUGUCAACCCCAAUUUCCCCGGUUCCACCCAUGAUGCUGCCAUUUGGAGCAUGAGCCAAAUAAAAAGAAAACUGGAACGUGAUUAUGUAAAUGGGGCAAAUACCCAAUGGCUGUUAGGUGAUAAAGGGUAUCCGUUGCAACCCUGGAUUAUGACACCGAUAAUAAGACCUCAAGGUGUGGCAGAAAACACCUACAACCGCUGCCACGCCAACGCACGAAACGUGGUUGAGAUGUGCUACGGGCGGUUGAAAAAUAAAUUUCGCUGUCUGCACAGGCAUCGUACAUUGCAUUAUACGCCACCAACAGUGGCAAAAAUAAUAAUAGCAUGUUGUGUUCUUCACAACAUGUUUAUAGAUGUUCUGUCAGGUUUUUUUUUUUUUUUCAUUUUUGUGCCCAAACAUGCGAUCGGUCGACUGACCAUAAGCAGUUUUGAUGGUUUGGUUUUAUUAACAUGCAUGUUCUGUCAGACAGCGAUGCAGACAGCGAUGAUCACAGUGAUGUGGACAGUUAUGAUGACAAUGAUGAGGUGUUAAAUAAUGAUGUUGGCGAUAUGUACAAUGAUGAUACCCUACUUACAGUGGCCCGUAGAAUAAGGGGAUUUAUUGUCACAGAUUAUUUUACUUAAAAUGGUAAGAAACAUUUGAUGAUUUGAUACUACAUUUUCGCAGUGCAUGGCGAAUAAUAUAGUUGUGUAUUUUAUAAAGAAAAGAAAAAGAUUUACUAAUAGUAUGGUUUCUACUUUCUUACUUAUAAUGGAGUUAUCUAUCUCUUACAGGGGUAUCCAUCUAUCUGAUGAUAGAUCACUGGCAACCAGUGAUUGGGCAGGG